UGAUGAUGAUGAUGUAUUAUACGAGCCAAGAUCAAAACGACCCACACUCAAAAAGACUGAUGACACGCCACUCAAGAAUUCUUUUACCGAUGACGAUUUUAAGACCCCUAUUGGUUCUGAGCAUGAUAGUAAUGAUUCCGAUGAAAGUGAUGAUUCCAAUGAAAGUGAUGAGGAGUGUGUGUUAAGGCUAAAUGUAGAAGAAAUCGGAUUUGACGAAUACAUUGAUCAGGGUGAUAAACAUUUCAUUUUCAAAACAAAAGACAUUUCAUCGUUAUUUAAAUCAUACUGGUCCAAAGCAUCAGCUCUUGCACAAAAUUCUGGUUUGCUAGUAACGAAAAAUUAUCACGAAAUAUUAAGUCUAUCGCAUAUCCUUUUAGUAAAAUCUGAUGACUAUUCAGAAAUGCAAGUGAAAACAUUCUCUAGGGAGACACUAGAAGAUUUGAGAAAGAACAUUAAAUCAAAUUUUAUUGGAAAGGAAAAGUCCGAAAAGCUUGCUACUGGUGAUCCUUCUCGGGCUAAACAACCCGAUAUGAUCGGGAAUAUUGUCAAUAAUGGAACGUUUGCUUAUGAAGUGAUGUUUGGAGAAGUAACAGGCGAGGGUAAGAACAACACGGAAAAGAAAAACCUAAUUGAUCUGAUUAGGUUGGGAUUAUUUAUGAAGGACUCGCUAGAUAUUAUUCUACAAAAAACUGAUAUUAAUCGUGUUUUUGCUUGGCAAGUCAUUGUUUAUCUUAUGGUAGAUACUGGUGAUAGUGUGGAACUGCCAAGGUCUUUUGAAACAUGCUGUAUGUUUUUAAAUGGAUUAGACACACUGCGUGCAUUCGAGCUAGCAUAUGAACAAACAGUGAAGGAAACCCUUGUGGUAAUAAAUAAGAAUGAAGAAGGCUCCAAGAAUAAUAAGUUCAAAACAUGGCAUCGAUCAACACUUGGGACACCAGUGUUCAAAAGGAUCGUCAAAUUCAAAUGA